CACACAUCAUAAACGGUGCUCUGUUUCGCUGCGGUAACAAUGUUUUUAAAUUUAAUUAAACGUACUUUUAAAAAAUAUCUCACUACAUUCAAAAUUCGCCUGUACGCAUUGAAAUUCACUUCGGUUUUAAUAAAUAUAUAUUGCCUUCAAUAUGAUGGCGAGCAUGUGAUUGUGAAAAAUAGUCGAAUCAAUCGUUACAAACGGAAAACACGAAAAAUAUGCAUGUUAGCAGUAUUUCUGCAUAUUUUAUUAUCAUUUGUUGGCUGUAGUUGCAUUAAAGCUUUUCAGCUAUAUUAUCCAAAGGUAUAUCUGCAAAUUGAUGAUUUGGUAUAUCUAUGUAAACUAUAUAUGGCUACUAAUGCGACAAAAAGUGUGAUUACGUUUUGUAUGAUGCUCUGCUGGUGGAAUAAACGAAAUCAAAAAACACUAAUAACACUGUUAAACGAGCUGCUAGUAAUCUGUCGAAAAUUAAACAUGCGUCUCGAUAUCGAUUUUAACAAAUUGCCGCCACAAUCUAGUCUACUAUUUCAACUACAAUUCUUGCUGAUUAUUUGGAAUUUACUAAACAAUGUGCGUAGGGUUUUUAGUUUCGAUAAUAUUGUUCAUAUAAUGAAAAAUGUUUACAUCACCUCCUUCUAUUUGAUAUACCAAACAGUGCUGCUGACUUUGUGGCAACUGCAUUACAAAGCGAAUGUGAAAUUUGCAAUGCGCAUGGAACGUGAAACAUUCAAAUACAAAACUGUAUUAAAGUUCAUUACAUUUUUGAGAAAUUUAAAAAAUUUCCAACAUCGGUUUGCCAAAGCUUUCGUAUGGUUGCCUCGUUUGGUGACUCUUAAGACCUUCCUAAUUGUUGGUCAAAGUUCAUAUCUGUGGCAAAAUCAACAUCAAACUUUGGCUGAUGUGAAAUUAAUUUGGUUAUAUACUAACCUAGUUGAAAGUUUACUAGACAUGUUCUUAUUAGUUUUCAUGCUAAGUGAAUUGUGUCGUUUGGACCAUUACACACAACGUUUACUAUUUGAAGCUGAUAACAUACUACACAGCAAGGCGCCCGCUCGCAGUGGCUCAUUAAAAGAGCUCGAAGCUUAUUUAUCGACUCCUCGCUUCAAUUCGUACACACUGCAACUACAUCCCUUUGUACAGCAGAUAAGCCACUUUCAAAUCUGGGCAAUUUUAAUACCAGUGGCUUGUGGAUUCAUUAUGAAUUGCUUAAAUCCAUUCGAUAUGCUGUUUAUACGCGACUUAAGGCAAUUUAAUUGAUAUUAAUGUUAAUGUUAUACGAGAAUAAAAAAGAAAAUGACAAGGUGUCUGGUGUUCAUCCUUACUUAAUUAAAACAGUUUUCAGUAGUUGUCAACAUAAUCUUUGUGUGCGAGCUAGGCGUGGUUAUAAUCCGACUUCUUGGAUUAUAUAAGGGAGUGUUUAUGGCUUAGUUAUGGCACUGUAUGUGUUUUCGCCAUUUUAUGGGCGUGGCAGUGGUCCGAUUUCGCGCAUUUUCAUCACCAUGGUGUCAAAGAAUAUGUGUACCAAGUAUCAUCAUUGAUAUAUCUCAACUUUUACUCAAGUUGUCGCUUGCAUAGACGGGCAGACGGACCGACAGACAGCCGGACGCACGGACAGACAUUCGGAUUUCAAAUUUACUCCUCACACUGAUCACUUUGGUAUAUAUAAGCUCAUAUCUAAUCUAUUUAGUUUUAGGUGUUACAAACAACCGUUAUGUGAACAAAACUAUUCAAGAGUAUAAAAAUGUGUAAUUAAUAUACAUACAUGACCAGGUCAGAGCAACACACCUUUUAAAGAAAUUCAAGAGGGCUACAGAGCGACCCAUUCACCUAGGGUCCCGACAGAUUCACCGAGACAGACUCGACUCAAGAGUAAGGCCGAGAAACCAAGCUCAGAUCUUUUGAGAAAAGCUGGUUUCAACGUAAACCGUAACGAUUAAGGUUGAGAUGCUAGUGGAGGCCUAACACCCCUACCCCUUCGGUCAGACACCGUUCAAACAGGUCGCUUCCAGGGCCUCUCGUUCGAUGACCUCGAUGACCAACAAACUUUCUCUUUCUUCUAGAACAACAACAGGAGCACAAACUGAUGUUUCCCAAGUGUGGCAAGUUUUUGCUAAAAAAAAUACGGUUUUAUUUAAGGUAGAGAAGUGAAGGAAUUAUAAAGUAAUGAGCCGCAAUAAAGGACAAUGAGAGCUAUUACAUUUAUUUCAUUGGUGGAUAUUUUAUUGUAUCGAAAUAAUUUGUAGUUAGAUCAAGUAUAAAACUUCUUCAGCAAACAUUGAAUAUUAAACAGCACACUUCUGAACAGUUAACUAAAGCAUUUCGUUACUUCAACAAUGAAUUUAAAAUUAAGUUAUAAAAAAAUUAAAAGUUACUUCACAGCUUUCAAAAUGCGUGAGAUUGCAUUGGAUGUGACUUUGGGGAUGGUAAAUAUUUUUAGUUUACACUACGAUGGCAAAAUUGUAAGGGUGAAAAGGAAUCGCUUAAAUCAUCAUCAACGCAUACUACGAAAACUACUGGUUUACGUAAUAUUGAUAUAUAAUUUGUUUAGCAUACUUUUUCUCUGCUUCAUAAGUAUUUGUCGCAAAUUCUUUCCAAUAUUCGUACCGUUUUUAGAUGAUGAUGGAUAUCUCACCAAUACUGAAUACAGUGCGAAAUUAUUACAUACGUUUAAUACCAUCAAAUAUUUAACUACAUUCUAUGCAUUGACACACUGGCAGAAUAAUAAGAACAAAAAAGUGAUAAUAACACUAUUGAAUGAUAUGUUAAAAAUGUGCAAAAAAUUAGAGAAACACAUAGCUAUCGAUUUUAAUAAGUUACCGCCACACUGUAAUUUCCUCUUUCAUUUGCAAUUUCUUUUGAUUAUUGGGAAUUUACUAAACAAUAUGUGUAUGCUUUUUAAAGUUGAGGACUUGCUCACUGUUUUGAUGGGCAUCAACAACGAUUCUUACUAUGCAACGCUCUACGUUAUGUAUCAAAUUGUGCUGCUAAUUCAAUGGAAUAUCCAUGAGAAUGUUAAUGCAAAUUUCGAGAAACGCAUCGAAUGUAAUGCAAUUAAAACCAAAGAUGUAUUGAAGUUCAUUGCAUUGCUGAAACAUUUAAAAAAUCUACAAAAUAAUUUCGCCAAAAACUUUGUGUGGCUUCCAUCUGUGUUUGUUUUCAAGGCUUUUUUUACAAUUACCGAAACCUCGUUUCUUUGGAAUUAUAUAAGACAACAUAAUAGUUUGGCUGGCAUUCGAUUAAUUUGGUUAUAUAGUAGCGCCGCAUUAUGUUGGCUGGAUGUGUUUCUAUUGGUUUUUAUGUUAAGUGAAUUGCGUCGAUUGGACCAUUACACACAACAACUUUUAUUGAAAGUGACUACAAUGCAAUACAAGGCAAGUUCCGAUCGCAGGGACACAUUUAAAGAGGUUUGUUGUUAAUUUUUUUUUUUUAAGAAAAUAUUAUUUAAAAUUGAUAUAUUUAAUAUUUCCAGCUCGAAAUGUUUUUAUCAACUCAUCAUUUGAAGCCUUAUACUUUUCAUCUAAAUCCAUUUCUACAACGUAUGAGUAACCUUCUUUCCUGGUCUAUUUUUUGGCCUUUUGUUUUCGGACUCUUUAUAACUCGCAUAAACCCAUUCAAUUUAAGUUUUCUGCGCAGUUUAAGUCAAUAAACAAGGAUAAGAAAUUAAUAAAUGUUUUCUCAUGUAUAUCCGUUUUAUAUUCCUCUUUCAAUAAUAAUUAUUACUUGAACCGUGUGUCGGAAAUUCAUAUGUAAUAUGUAAUGACCCGCAAUAAAGGACAAUGAUAGCUAUUACAUUUA